AUGAACAUGCGCCUUCGAGACUUUACGAGACUUAAAAAGAGAGACGUCUCUUCCUACUGUGAUCACGUCUCUCUCGCCAUUAUUAUAUUACUACGCUUGUUUCAGGAGAUCGAUCCCCAUUUCUUUCGUAUCUAUUCUUAUCUAAUUAUCGAUCACCGUCUUUUUUAUGUAGCAAUGUUUCUCUCUCUCUCUCUCUUUACUUCCCUCCUCAUUUCCUUGCUUCCUCUCUGUCUCCCCUCUGUCUCCCCCUCCCUCUCUCUAAGCCAAACUAUCUAUCUAUCUAUCUAUCUAUCUAUCUAUCUAUCUAUCUAUUUCAGUCGGUUCAUAAUCUUGCUAUCUCAUUCUUUUUCCUUCCCAGUCUGUUCAUCUAUCUUAUUAUUUUGCUUCCUUUCUUUCUCUUUCUAUUUACCUAUUUUAAUCCGUCUCUCUUUCUCUCUCUCUCUCUCUCUCUCUGUUUCAUUAUCUAUCUAUAAAAUAUUCUGUUCAUUCAUUCAUUCAUUCAUUCAUUCAUUCAUCCAUCUAUCUGAUUUUGUUUUUAUCUAUCUAUCUAUCUAUCUAUCUAUCUAUCUAUCUAUCUAUCUAUCUAUCUAUCUAUAUAUAUCAUUGUCUUUCUAUUGA